CGUGUAUAUUUCAGUGAAGCUUAAAAAACAGGGUUGUGGUGUAGUUUCAUCUUCCUAUGUCAUCGGAGUAUUGAAAUUGGGCGACCAUUCUGCUCCAUUUUCAUCGCAUUCUCCAUGUACACAAUAAACCAGGCUGGGUUCAUUGUGAGAGAUGAUGAAAUCUGCUGGACAUACUUUGCUUGCUUCUUUAACUCCUACUCACUCUCUUAUCCUGAAAAACCAUGGCAGAUUGUCUCCAAAUCUAAAUUUUGGAAAGUUUUCCAAAACAAGAAAACUGCAUCAGUACCCUCACAAGUGCCAGUUCCAUAAACAGAACAUAAUGACUGCUAGUCGGUACCCUCCCCCUUGGUUCAGUGUUGCUCCAAUGAUGGACUACACGGACAACCACUAUAGGACUUUAGCUCGCCUCAUAUCAAAGCAUGCUUGGCUUUACACAGAAAUGAUUGCUGCAGAAACUAUAGUAUUUCAGAAGGGAAAUUUGGAUCGAUUUUUGGCAUUUGGUCCGGAACAGCAUCCUAUAGUGCUUCAAAUUGGGGGAAGUGACUUGAAUAACAUUGCUAAAGCAACUCAACUCACAAGUUCUUAUGGCUAUGAUGAGAUCAAUUUCAACUGUGGAUGUCCAAGCCCCAAGGUUGCUGGAAAUGGUUGUUUUGGCGUUCGCCUAAUGCUUGAUCCAAAGUUUGUUGCCGAUGCUAUGUCAGUAAUUUCAGCUAAUACAAAUGUUCCUGUUAGUGUCAAAUGCCGAAUCGGUGUUGAUGACCGUGAUUCAUAUAAUGAGCUGUGUGAUUUUAUAUAUAAGGUCUCAUCUCAAUCACCAACAAAGCAUUUCAUCAUACACUCCAGGAAGGCAUUACUUAAUGGAAUAAGCCCCAAAGAGAAUAGAUCUAUUCCGUCCUUAAAAUAUGAAUACUACUAUGCUCUUGUGCGUGAUUUUCCUGAUCUACAGUUUACCAUUAAUGGAGGCAUUAACACCGUCGAUGAGGUGAAUGCAGCACUACAGGAAGGAGCUCAUGGAGUUAUGGUUGGGCGUGCAGCUUACAAUAAUCCGUGGAAUCUUUUGGGGCAUGUUGAUAGUGCAGUUUAUGGUGCACCUCUAAGCAGUCUAACUCGGCGACAGGUUCUUGAAAAGUACCAGGUGUAUGGUGAUUCAGUCUUGGGACUAUAUGGACCUAAACCAAAUGUCCGUGAAGUUAUAAAACCUUUGCUUGGGUUUUUCCAUGGGGAGCCGGGAAAUGGCCUGUGGAAGCGCAAAGCUGAUGCCGCUUUCAUGAACUGCAAGACGAUAAAAGCCUUUUUUGAGGAGACCCUUGUGGCUAUACCAGAUUCAGUCUUGGACAAACCUAUUGUUGAAGCACCGAUAAGUUUCCCGGAUGUUUUUGCUGAUGCCAAGAGAGUGUUGCCUUCUCCCUAUAGUGUGAAGAAAGAGGAAGAGCUUAUGUAUGCUUAGCAGUCAUCUUUUUUUAAGGUUUGCAAUUGUAGGCUGCCUCAAAAGUUUUGCCACAUAUCAUAGAGUGGAGAGCUUGACAAUCCCAUGGAUCAACAAUUGCACUCAAAUGUAAUGUGUAUUGUUGGUGAAUUGUUAAUGCACGUUACAAUAGUAAGGACCUCUUGUGCCACCAUAUAUUGUUCAAAUGUCCAACUCAGAAAUUAUUUAUGACUGUAACGUGCUCUCUCUUGUUCAUGAGGAAGGCGUUUUUUUUUUUUUUUNAUUUUUUUUUGUUUUUUUGGGAAAUGGUAAUUGUGUAAGUUGCAUUUUUUUUUUCGUUUGUCU